AUGCCAUUCGACAUCGAUCAGUCGGCGGCAGUCAUGAGCAAUGAUCCGUCCAAGAUAUACGACGAGUAUCGAUUUCUUCGCAGCCAAUGCCCUCUUAUUCACACCAAUCAAUACGGCGGUUACUGGCUGCUCACCAGAUACGAAGAUGUUAAGCGAGCUGCAAUGGACUCCGAAACCUACAUAUCGAGCGUCAAGGCAGUGGUGCCAAGCGAUCCCAGAGGUAUUCGUCGACCUCCUCUCAACUUUGACGCGCCUGCCCACACGCCGUUUCGGACCGCAUUGGAACGCACUGUCAAACCCACUCGCCUUCGCCGUCUCAGAGCCCCGUUAGAGAAACAUGCUGAGGCGGAACUUGCGCCGCUUCUGGCACGCGGCCAUGGAGAUAUAAGUGCAGAGUUCGCGGCCAAUUUCGUAGCACGCAUGGAAUCGGAGUGGUUGAACCUUGAGCCUGAAGUCGCGCCGAAGCUAGCUGUCGCAGCAGCUACCUGGUUGAAUGCAUGGAGAAUGCAAGAUGGAGAGACUGUGACAGAGAAUUCAAAGAAGAUGUAUGACAUUGCGCGAGAGCUAUUGGCGGACCGUCGUAUCAACCCGAGAUGUCCUGAGGACGACCCAGCAUCGUCGCUGCUGCUAGAGAGAGAUGCAGAAGGGGAACCUCUCAGUGAAGAACAUCUGAUGCAAGUAAUAUAUCUUUCUGGCUGCUUGAGGCAGUCAUUGGUCGUUGGCGUAGUUGCACCGCCCAUUUUGAUCGGCUCAAUAUGCAACCAUCUUUCCAAAGACAAAGAAUUACAGAAGCUGUUGAGGAACGACGAGUCGCUCAUACCAGCAGCACUGGAAGAGUUCUUGCGAUUAUACAGCCCGUAUAGAGGCUUUGCGCGAACAACAUCGAAGGAUGUUCAUCUUCAUGGCCAAACCAUACAUCCCACAGAGCCAGUAACUCUGUGUUAUACUGCUGCUAAUCGCGAUCCCGAAGUGUUUGACCGACCUGAUGAGUUUAUCCUUCAUAGGGAGAACGUGAACGCCCAUAUGGGUUUCGGGAGAGGAAGACACCGGUGCGCGGGCAUGCCGCUUGCGAGACUGUGA